GAAUGCGUCUUUUCUAGCGAUGAAGGAAUUUGAGGCGGGUCAAGAAGCAAGGAACGAUCGAAGGAGUCAAGGAAUGAACAGAAAGGUUGAUAUGGCUGAUGGAUGCAAGCCUCUGAUGAGGAAGGGAGGCGCCGGAGCAAGGCCCUGCGAGGAAGAAAGGAGCAGGGGCCCUGUGCAGAGGGCCGAAUAAACCGCGGAAGGAGAGGUUUUCACGCUUGAUUGUCGGCGCAUCGUUUCUGGGCCUGAAAAUCAGGUCUCUUGAUCUCUCGCCGAAGCUGGAAGCAAUAAUUGGAAAGUCGCUUCUUCUUCUUCUUCUUCUUCUUCUUCUUCUUCUUCUUCUCAUACGGAGUUUCCACGAGAUGCAUCAUGCUCGAGCGUCAAUUGUAAAUUAUCGUGAAUUCUUGUAAAUUUCGGAAAUUCUCGGAGGGACGCUGAGCUGUUUCUCUUUUCUCCGCCUUCUUCCCUUUCGGAUGGCGACCAUCUUGGCUCUAGGCUAGUCGGGGAGGUUGCAUGGAAUAUGAACUUUCUAGAGCAGACGCUGCUGACUUCACAGUUCCAUGUCGACUCAAGUGCUCUGAGUCCUGUUUGUUCCACAGGAGGGUUGGGAUGUUCAAGCGGACGGUCUUUAAGAGAAUCCAAGGAAGGAUUGUUCUGUUAAGACGAUGCGCGUCAUGUAAUUUGUCGAGCUGCUUUUGGAGCGAUCGAGAGGCGGCAUAAUGGCGAUGUGCGAGGGCCGAAUUGUCACAAUCUUGUUGGGGUUCUUGGCUCUGUCAUCGAUAGCGUUCACGCACGUGCUUGCCAAAGAGUGCACUAAUAUACCAACGCAGUCAUCCCACACGCUGCGAGCUCUCGCGUUCCAAAAAAAUGCUUCCUACUCCAGAGAGUCAGAUGAAAGGGGCAAUUUUGCCUCGCACCUCUUGUUGCGUAAACAUGCAGGGAGCAUACAAUCAGUCAGUGAACGACAUAGACAAUUCGGAUACCGCUCGCCGAGGCUGGAAGGGAUUGGAUCGUUUCAACAACCUGCUCUGAGGGAAGUCUCUCUGCACCGUGUCACGCUAGACGCCGAGUGUGAUGAAGGCAGAGCACAGGAGACAAAUCUUCGGUAUCUUCUGUCGCUGGAUGUGGACCGUCUCGUUUGGUCUUUUCGGACAAAUGCUGGUCUGCCAGCUCCUGGCACAGCUUACGGAGGUUGGGAGACUCCCGGGCAGGAGCUUCGAGGCCACUUCGUCGGGCAUUAUCUGAGUGCAACAGCAUUGAUGUGGGCAAGUACUCAUAACACGAGCAUCCUAGAGAAAAUGUACUCGUUGGUGGAUGCUCUGGAAGAGUGCCAGGUGAAAAUGGGAACAGGCUAUCUAUCUGCCUUCCCUUCGACCUUUUUCGAUCGGUUCGAAGCCAUCGAACCGGUGUGGGCGCCAUACUACACAAUUCACAAGAUCAUGGCAGGACUUCUAGACCAGUACACUCUGGGGGAAAACCAGAAAGCCCUGGAUAUGCUGGUUUGGAUGGCCAAAUACUUUUUGUCAAGGGUUGAGGCAGUAAUCGAGAAUCACACAAUCGAGAGGCACUGGACCUCCUUAAACGAAGAAGUUGGAGGCAUGAAUGAUGUCAUGUACCGCCUGUACAUGCUGACGGAAGAUCCGGAGCACUUGAAGUUGGCCCAUUUGUUUGACAAGCCUUGUUUUUUGGGUCCGCUAGCUUUGAAGACCGAUGGCCUAUCUGGGUUCCACGCGAAUACACAUAUACCUCUUGUUGUCGGAGCUCAGAUGAGAUAUGAAAGUACUGGGGACAAGUUGUAUAAGGAGAUCGCAGAGUAUUUUAUGGAAGUUAUAAACACGACCCACCGUUACGCCACCGGUGGAACCUCUUCGGGAGAAUUUUGGUCUAAUCCCCACCGGCAGGGCCACCUACUGACAACCGAAACUCAGGAGAGUUGUACCACUUACAACAUUCUGAAAAUUGCGAGAAAUUUGUACCGAUGGACGAAAGACGUAAGUUAUGCCGAGUACUAUGAGCGGGCCCUUGUCAACGGCGUACUUGGGAUACAACGAGGAGAGGAGCCUGGAGUCAUGAUAUAUAUGCUUCCCGAGUUGCCGGGCUCUUCGAAAGCAUUAUCAUAUCAUGGAUGGGGUACUCCUUUCGAUUCGAUGUGGUGCUGCUACGGAACGGGAAUUGAGUCUUUCUCGAAGUUGGGAGAUUCGAUCUACUUCGAAGACGGGAAUGACGAGCUCUAUGUUAUGCGAUUCGCUUCAAGUUCUCUCUUAUGGACUUCGGCUGGAUUACUGCUCAAACAGAAAGUUCAUCUUUUGACAUCAGAAGACCAAAGUCUGAGAGUUACUUUUGAGUUCAAAUUCCUUCCAGAGGGUGGAUUUGGUAAGAAGUCACGUCUAUCUGUGAGAAUUCCUUCCUGGGCGACUCCACGGUUUCUUCAUGUGAAACUGAAUGGACGGUCUUCCUUUCAGGAUGCCAGACCAGGGAGCUACUUGACCUUCUCCAGAUCGUGGAAAGUGGGAGACAGGCUGGAGAUCGAGGUACCUGUCAGUUUGACGAUUGAGAGGGUUCAAGAUGAUCGUCAAGAGUUCUCCUCACUUCAUGCAAUCUUAUAUGGUCCUUAUGUUUUAGCCGGUAUGACGGAUGGAGAUAAUGAGCUUGGAAAUGUGGAUAGUAGCUCGUUGGCUUCCUGGUUGGUUCCAGUCCCAGUGUCAUUUAAUGACCAGCUUUACAGUUUCAGUCAACGCGCUGAGCACAAUAUCGAAGCAGAAUGGAGUGGAAAGACAUCCCAAAUUCCUAAUAAAUGGAAUUCAUUUGUAAGUGAAAGAAAUGGAUCAGUGGAGAUGAAGUCGGCACCACAAGAAGGCACCAAUGAAGCAGCUUCGUCAACAUUUCGAGUUCUUGAAAUAUCACAAGCAUCUGCAAAGAAUCAUCUUCACAAAUCAUACCUCUCGAACCCCGAAGACAGUUACAUACACAGGUCAGAGGAAGCCGAUGUUGAUCAGACUGGAAAAUCAAGUUCCAACUUCCCUAUCAUGUUUGGAUUGAUCGCCCUUGAACCUUACAGCAAACCUGGAAAGGUUCUGGCUCACAACGGACCAGACAGCAAGAUAGUGGUUCUGGACAGGAUCGAUAACUUGAACCAUCAUGUUCAGCAGAUCAAUGCAGAGUUCAGAAUUAUACCUGGUUUAUCGGGUGAUGAAAACAGCAUUUCAUUUGAAGCAGAGAGCGACCCGGGCUGCUUCAUAACCACUUGUGCAGAUCACAGUGCUACACUUCGAUGCAAGAAGGAGAAAGCUGAAGAUGCAACGUUUGAUCCCACAGCCAGCUUCACGGUGACGAAAGGUCUAGCUUCGUAUCACCGCAUGAGUUUCUUUGCUGUAGCGGAGAACAGUCAGUAUUUGCUCUUUCCCAUUUAUGCCUACAGAGAUGAGAAGUACACCAUGUACUUCAAUUUUACCAACAUGGUGUGACAUAAACCAGCUACAAAUAUAUCUGCAAGAGCGACCACGACAGUUCUUUUCUCAUUGUAAAAUAUCUCUCAUGUACCAUUAAUCUUAAUGUUGGUCACCAUAGAUUUGGUCACUGAAGGAGGACUGGCAUUUAAGAUCAAGUGUAACUACGUGAGGCAGGCCCACAACGGACCUGGGAGCCUCACAAACAUCAGGGAUUUAGGUUUAUGUGCUGAAAGUCCUACAAAGUUGGUCUUAGAUUGCAGUCAGGAAGAAUACAGAUGUAAACAACUUUUGUCUAAUCAAUCUAAGUUAUUGUUAU